AUGAGUUUCGUACCAAUUAACCCCCGUCCGUUCCUUCAAAACCUCGUCAACGAAGAAGUAAUCAUUCGUCUAAAAUGGGGCGGUCAAACCGAAUAUAAGGGCAAGCUUGUCAGUAUCGACAGUUAUAUGAAUAUUCAAUUAUCGGGCGCCGAGGAGUGGAUUGAUUCGGAAAUGACGAGUACUUUGGGUCAGGUCUUGAUUAGAUGCAAUAACGUCCUUUACAUAUCAGCUGCACAAAUCAAGAAGGAAGAAGAUGAUACGAAGAUGGAGGGAUGAUUCUGUGAACUCGCGACUUGACAAAUGGAUAGAUGGAUGUGGAAACCAUAAUUGACUGAAAGGAGAGGAAAGCAAGAGAGGUCCAGUGGGAAAUUUGAUAGAUACCUAGCAUGGGAGAAAAUAUGAAUGGAAUGCGGAGAGCAUUACAUAGCAGAUAUGGUAGAAUUUAGGAACAUCUCACUUCCAGUGAGCAGGAGUAGUAGGAGAGGAGAAAAUUACCUAUACCUACAAUGAUAUAUUCACGAACGGCGUUGUUCAAGCAAAUCAAAACAAGCUUAGGUACCUAGGAAUGGCUACCAGAUUCUAAACAAGUCACGCCACA